CCCUCCCUCGGCGCCGGGUCCCUGAACUACCCCGGGAGGAGGGGGCAGCAGCGGCGCCCGGCACUUUGCCACUGGUGGGGGACACACUUCGGCGGAACGGAAAACCAGAAUUGUUCCACGGGCUAGUCCACCGAGGCUGAAGUCCAUAAGCCUUGGAGAGACCUUCAGCAGUACUCUCCAAAAUCUAGAAUGACCACCCUGCCCCCACUGCCCAUGACACGCCCAAAGCUUACCUCUUUAGCCAGACAGAAGCUGCCAUGUUCCCCCGGCACAAUUCCAAGGUCUCAAUUGAUCAAAGAAAAAGAUGACAUAGAUCAUUACCUGGAGGUGAAUUUCAAAGGAUUGUCAAAAGAGGAGGUUGCUGCAUACCGGAACUCAUACAAGAAGAACAUUUGUGUGGACAUGCUGCGAGAUGGUUAUCACAAGUCCUUUACCGAGCUCUUCGCCCUGAUGGAGAAGUGGAAUGUCCUGAGGGAGACCGCAAAGGUUAGGUCCCUUUUGUGGUUGCAGAGACCUCUGGAAGAACAGCCUGAUAAGCUGGAUCACUUCUACCACUACCUGACCAGGGCUGAGGCAGCUGAAAGGAAAGAAUACUUCGAAGGUGUCUAUGAUAACUUGUAUGCACUGGCCUGUUACUUCAAUAAUUCUGAAGACAAAUGGGUAAGGAACUACUUCUACGAACGAUGUUUUAAGAUUGCUCAACUGAUCAAAAUUGACGGUGGGAAGAAAGAAGCCGAGGCGCAUGCGCACAUGGGACUUCUCUUCGAGGAAGAUGGUCAGCUUCUGGAAGCUGCUGAGCAUUAUGAAGCAUUCCAUCAAUUGACGCAAGGGCGGGUAUGGAAGGAUGAGACAGGCCGCUUUCUCAACUUGUUGGCCUGUGAGAGUCUCCUGAGAACUUACAGAUUACUCUCAGACAAAAUGCUGGAAAAUAAAGAAUACAAACAGGCCAUCAGAAUUCUAAUAAAAGCUUCUGAAAUAGCCAAAGAAGGAAGUGACAAAAAGAUGGAAGGAGAAGCUUCCUAUUACUUGGGCUUAGCACACCUAGCUGCUGGAGAGUAUGAAACAGCAUUAACAGUCCUUAACACUUACAGUAAAAUCUCCACAGACCUGGAUGAUGAUCUCAGCCUGGGGAGAGCCUAUGAAGCAAUAGCCAAGGUCCUGCAGAGCCAAGGAGAGAUGACAGAAGCAAUUAAAUACUUGAAAAAAGUUGUGAAAAUUGCAAGAAACAAUUUUCAAAGACAAGAUGUUGUGAGAGCAAGUACAAUGCUUGGGGAUAUCUACAAUGAAAAAGGAUACUACAACAAAGCUUCGCAAUACUUUCAGCAAGCUUUUGACACAACACCAGGGCUAACAAACUUGCGUGAAAUGGAUGAAAUGAAAGUUCAUUAUGGAAUAGCAAAAGCUCAUCAGAUAAUGCUGACCGUUAAUAAUUACAUCGAGUCUGAAGAUCUCACCAGCCUUGACUACCUGCUGUCAUGGAAGGAGAAUAGAGGCAGCAUUGUAUGUGAUCCAACUAUUGGAGAAUCUAGAAAAUCCACAAUGGAAAGUUUACAUCAAGUCCCAGAAAAUUUAGAAGAAGAAUGUAGUAGAUUUCCAGAUAAUCAAAAAAGUGAGACUUAAACCAGCUUUGGACUCAGCAACAAAGCAAGAAGAAAUUUAUCAUGUCACCUUCAUCUUUGAUAACUGUAAUAGGAGUAUGUUACAAGUAAUACAGAUAGAAUUAUAAUAAAACUAUGACUAAGUUUAGAUUGCAUUUUGUAUUGCAGUGUACUACUACAAAUUUAAUAUAAAUCAUCUAAAUUCAUGAAAAUAAUAAUACAUCUCAAAUGCUUAGAAAUAUCAACAAUUAUUCUUAGAACAAACUGUAAAAUUUUCUUCUUAUCCACUAUUCCACAAGGAAGAGUGUUAUUAUAGAAUCAAAAUUCAGUUGUAUCUAAUGCGAAAAUCAUUUUAAACUUAAGGAAAUCUAUGCUGAAUAAAUACGGGGAAAAUAUUUAUUACAAUUUCAGGAAGUUUUUUCAACAUAGAUAAAAGGAUUAUAAGCAGUAAAAACUCUCAUAUUGUACCAUUCAAAACAGUUUCCUUUACAGAGGUAAAGCAAGCUUUACCUCUGUAAAGGAGACUUCUGUUUCCUCUACUCACACCACUUCUGACACCGAAUGAAUGAGGUUUUACACACCAAGCAAUUCUUCAAUUCUCAAUAGAUCCUGACUGGGUGUCUUACAAUUUAACUCAAUUCUGACAUUAACUGCCAGGAGUUAGCACAGAUCCCAGAUUAAGGGAUCAUUCCACAAGACUGGUUCCCACCUCAAAUGCCAAUCACAAGUCCCAGGGUGUCACUUAUACUUCUGACUGACUUGGCUACAUACUGAGGAUUCCCACAACCUCCCUUCCUUAACUUCAGUAAUUUGCUAUAUCAGCUCAUGGAACUCAGGGAAAGAUAUUUACAUUGCCAGUUUAUUAUGAAAAAUGCAAUAAAAGAGAUAAGCAGCCAAAUAAAAGAGAUACAUUGGCAAGGUAAGGGAGAGGGGGCCUGAGCUUCCUUGCCCUCCCUGGGUGCAUCACCCUCCCAGCACCUCUGUGUAUUCACCAACCCAGAAGCUCUCCAAAUCCUUUCAAGUCCUGGGGUUUGUAUGGAGUCUUCACAACAUAGGUAUGAUUGAUUAAAUCAUUGAUUAACGCAGCCUCCAGCCCCUCUCCCCUCUCCAAAAGUCAGGGGAUGGGGCUGAAAGUUUCAACCCCUUAAUCACAUGGUUGGCUCCCUAGCAAACAGACCACAUCCUUAAGGGCUUUCCAAAAGUCACCUCUUUAACAUAAACUCCAGUGUAGUUGAAAGGGGCUUGUUAUGAAUGACAAAAGAUGAUCCUUUCACCUGUAUCAUUCCAGAGCUAUUUCAGGAACUGGGGACAAAAACCAAAUAUUAUUUGAGAGAGCUGUUUAUGGAACCAGGAACAAAACUCAAAUGUUAAUUUAUUGUAUUACAUUAGAAGCUCUAUGCCAGGAAUCAGGGACAAAGACCAAAUAUAUAUUUCUUACACUAUUACAACAUUACACUGUGUAGAACCAUAUUUUAUGAUACUUUUAGCUGAUUGUAUAUAGUUGACCCUUGAACAAUACAGGUCUGAACUUGUAGGUCCACUUAUAUGUGCAUUUUA